AUGGGAGAAAUAUGGAGGAUGACUUCACAUAUGGAUAGUGUUAUAAAAGCCUACAAAACACUAUCAAAAAUACCAUCCAUAGUAGGGGGAAGGUUGAAUAACAAAGGCAAUAGGGUGACUUCAAGAUGGUCCAUUCGUAAUUUGGAUAAGGGCAGAAAUACACAGUACUUCAUAGAUUAUAUUCUGGAUGAUAAAUUAGAUGUUGUGGCUCAAAGUGAAUUUGGAGUUGAUGUUAGUCAUGAAUUACUAACAGCUGUGUCGCCGAAGGAAAACUUCAGAGCAGUAAUAAGAGAAGAAAAAGACGACAAAGAUAGUUCAAAGAAGAAAUUCUUCCUUGAAGUCUGGUCUAAGAGUUCUCUCAAACAUUCAAUAGACCUUACAUCUUUAGAUAUACAUGGAGACGUGUAUGCGGACUCUGAAUUUGGAAGUUUAGAUUGGUCACCGGAUGAAAAGCAGUUAGUGUAUGUCGCUGAGAAAAAACUAAAAAAGUCCGAGCCAUUCAUUAAGCGAAAACCGGCGGAAGACAAGAGUAAUGCUGACAAAAAUAACGCGGAUAAAAAACCUGUACCGGGUGAAGAACAUUUGUAUAAAGAAGACUGGGGCGAACAAUUAACUGGGAAGUAUCAAACUGUGAUAGUAGUCUGUAAGCUGGCAGAUGAAAGUUUCACUAUACUUGAGAACAUUCCAGAAAAUUGGUGUCCUGGACAGGUUCGUUUCACUCCAACCGGAGACGUAAUGGGGGUCGCUUGGGAUAUAUCAGGCGUGAGGAGGCUGGGGCUGAUUUACUGUACCAAUCGACCUUCUUAUAUCUUUUGUACAUCUCUUAAUGGAACGUUAAGGAAGCUGAGUGCGGAGAACAAGUCUGUCCGGUCGCCGCGCGCGGGCGGCGGCGGCGCGGCGUGGCUGCAGCGCGCGGCGCGCGGCCCGCACCACGCCGCCCACCAGCUCGUGUGGAUGUCGUCCGCUGAUAUCAAAACCAUUAUGGAGUCAGACGUCGGUGACGUGACAGAUAAAGUAUCAGUGGUCAUAGACAUUGUUCAAACUAAGAUGGAAAUAAGUAAUGGGGAUUUCUAUGGAAUAUACAGUCAAAGUUUACCAUCAAAAGGCUUUAGUAGCGAUGGGAGGAGACUAGUUUUUUCUACUCAACAGCAAAAUGAAAUAAGAAGCUAUGUGGUGGAUAUUGAAAGCGGUAAUUUAGUGGAUAUAUCUAAUAACAAAAAGUCGGCGGGUUCCACCAACGUGCUGAGCGUGCAGUCUGACGUCAUACUUGCUACUUUCUCCAACAUGAGUACUCCUGGACAGCUAUUUGUUGCCAAGUUGCCAAGCGCUGGCAACGAGCAGAAUAUAGAAUGGAUCAGGAUAAGCGCGCCAAGUGAGGUGCCAAGCUCCGUCGCCAACGCCAAGUUGCAAUAUAUGAACUUGAAACAUGAAGAUUGUGAAGAUUCUGUAUCGUCGUUCACAGCUACGUACUUCGGUCCGGACGCGGGCGGCGUGUACCCGCUGGUGGUGUGGCCGCACGGCGGGCCGCACUCCGCCUUCUGCAACGCGUACUCCUUGGAAGCGGCCUUCUUCAAUCUUAUUGGAUUCGCGUGUCUUUUGGUAAACUAUCGAGGAUCCGCCGGUACAGGGGACGCUUCAAUACAUUUCCUACCUGGACGUAUCGGUACUGCCGAUGUAGCGGAUUGCAAGCUAGCUACAGACAAAUCCUUAGACUUAUUCCCCGUGAAUGAUAAGAAAUUGAUGUUAUAUGGGGGUUCCCAUGGGGGCUUCCUAGUUACUCACCUAAGUGGUUUUGCUACUCUGAGAAUAAACUAUCGCGGUUCUACUGGUCAAGGAGAUUUAAACGUUAGAUGUUUAAUGGGAAAUAUUGGGGAUUAUGACAUACGAGACUGCCUUCUCGCUCUAGCGACCUUGAAAGAAAAGAAACAGAUAGAUAAUGUUGUUAUAUAUGGAGGCAGUUACGGUGGAUUCAUUGCUGGACAUUUGGCAAAGUAUAAAGAUAUGUUUAAAGCAAUGGUGUUAAGAAACCCCUUGAUUGAUUUGGCAACUAAGGCCCACUAUGCUGACAAUCCUGAUGGGUGUUCAGUAGAAGCAGGAUUUCCAUUUCAAGAAGCUGGACCGGAGAACGAUGACAAGUUACUGGCUCUUCGCAAAGUGUCUCCUAUAAUACACGCGCAUAACGUGACGGUCCCUACAGCGCUUAUGCUGGGCAGCAAGGACAAGAGGGUGCCCUACUACCAAGGUCUGGAGUACAGCAGGAAGUUGAAGGCUAAUGGCGUUCAUACUAGGGUGUUCAUGUACGAAGAUAACCACGCCCUGAGCAGCCUCCCGGUGGAGAUGGACAACCUCAUCAACGGCGCGGACUGGUUCAUAGACCACAUAAAGCCA